UGGGCGCCGCCGUCCCGCGUCCCGAGUCGAGCCGCCGCUCCGCCGCUCGGCCCGCGCCCCCAGGCUCCCGGUUCUCUUAAAUGUUUUGUUGGAGCCUUAAAGAUGGAAAUGACAAGCGUGUCCCUGAAACGUGGUUGCCUUGCUGUGGAAGAUAGUGACGGUGUAGCGCCACACGAGGAGACGAAGAAACAGAAGGUCUCCGAGUGCUGUCUGACCAACAGUCAGGAUGAGGGAGGGAAUGAUGGUCUACACCGCAGUGCAAAUGAGCCUGCGCCUCCAGAAGCUGAAAGUGCCCUGAAAGAUGAAAAGAGUUCCAACGCCCAGGUGCAGGAGGAGGAGGAAGAGGAGGAAGAGGAAGAUGGCCUUUCAGAGGCAGGGGAAGAGGAGGAACCAGAGAGUUUUGCAGACAUGAUGAAGCAUGGGCUCACAGAACUUGAUGUAGGCAUCACCAAGUUUGUGAGUUCUCAUCAGGGCUUCUCGGGCAUCUUAAAGGAAAGAUACUCUGACUUUGUUGUUCAUGAAAUUGGAAAAGACGGACGGAUCAGCCAUUUGGAUGACUUAUCUGUUCCUGUGGACGAAGAGGACCCUCCAGAAGAUGCGCUCACAGUUUUGACAGCCGAGGACAAGCAGCAGUUGGAGGAGCUCCAGCUUUUCAAAAAUAAAGAAACCAGUGUUGCUAUCGAGGUCAUUGAGGACACCAAAGAGAAAAGAACCAUCAUCCAUCAGGCUAUUAAAUCUCUUUUCCCAGGACUGGAGACAAAAACAGAGGAUAGAGAAGGCAGGAAAUACAUCGUAGCCUACCAUGCAGCUAGCAAAAAGGCUUUGGCAAUGGUGCCUGCGCGACCCCUGUUCCCUGAAGAACAGUGUGCUGAGCAGCAAUUCAAGAAAGAAGUGGAAGGGUUACUGCUCAUUGUGUGAUCUUAAAGGAAGAAGGAACCUUUCAGAUGAACAGAAAUGCUGGCCUCCCUCCUAAGGGCAUGUUUGCUGUUCUGCUUUCCAAACUGGGGUAUCCUCACUUACAUACAUAAAACAGAGUACUUUAAAAUACCUGCUAUUUAAAAUAACUUCUUAAGAAGUUUACCGUUUGAUGGGUGGUGGUGUCGCACGCCUUUGAUCCCAGCGCUUGGGAGGCAGAGGCAGUCGUAUCUCUGAGUUCGAGGCCAGCCUAGUCUACAGAGCAAGUUCCAGGGCAGCCAUGGGUACACAGAGAAACCCUGUCUUGAAGGGGAAAAAAAAAAAAGUAAGAAAGAAAAGAAAAGAAAUUAGCCAUUCAUCUGAGUCCAUCUUUUGUUGCUUAUGGUCCAGUUCAGGUGAGUAUAUUAGUCAGUCACUUUGAUGUUAAUGUUCUCGUGUGUUCUCUACAGCCAGGACACAUUCUAUGGGACUAUAGUCCUAAGAAGAAAUAGAUAGUUCUUGUUCUUCCCAUCAAAUUAGUACAUAAAAUUUUCAUGAAAAUUAUAAUGGAAGACAGUUAUUUCUUCAUCCUCCUCCCAUGCUAGUACCUGGUGCUACAUGUCUCAAGUUCUCCCUGUUAGUGGACGGUUAUUUCAGAGUACAUGUGUUGCAGGAAACGCCAGGAUGACAUCCUAAGGGACUUGAACCCGUGAGGGCUCUGUCAGUAUCCUAAAUGAAUUAAGAGAUAAUACAGUAUAUGAAGACUCUGCUGUUUAUAAUGAUGCUUCCAGUGACGUGAAAGGGCUUUAAAAAAAAAACAGGCUGACUUCCUGAAAACAGUCAAACAGAAGUGGGAAGCUUUAAGUUGUGCUUAUGUCAUAGCUACCUUUUUUGUUUGUUUUUGAGAUAGAGUCUUUCUGUGUAGCCCUGGCUGGCUUUGAACUUACUGUGUAAAUCUGUCUUAAGGUAGAGAUCUGGGGCUACUUCUCAGUUGAUAACCAAAAAAAAAACAAAGCAGGGCAUGGUGUCACAUGCCUGUUAAGGGAGGCUGAGGCAGGAUUCUGCCUGCCGCUGUUGAUUCUAUAAUGUCUAGGUCAGAGUGUAACAUGGGAUCCGUAGCAUCCCUCUGUCAGCCAAAGCUGCAAAGGAGGCAGUGCCGAGGGAAGUGAGUUCAGCGACUGUGUUCCUUUGUUUUCAGUUCUCCCCGGGGCAGUAUGUCACUUACAGGUGGAGAAGACAAAAGGCGACUUAUUACAACCUUGGGCAUACU